CCAGCACCGCUCACUAUGCCGCUGUAUCCGGCCUUGAGGAGCACAUUGAGCCGUAGAGUUAGCUUAAAACUGACACCAGGACUCUUCUGACCACCCCGGCGGACGCUGUGCGCAGCUGUUUCAAUGGCGAGCCAAACGGCGUUGGUGAUGCGGCUGCUGGCUUCAGCCUACGCUGUGGCUGAGAAGGCAGGAACGAUAGUGAGAAGAGUCCUGCACAGUGGAGAUUUGGGAAUCGUUGAAAAGACAGGAGCUAAUGACCUACAGACGCUGGCUGACCGGCUUGUACAGAAGAGUAUCUGUGGUUCUCUAUCAAAGACUUUCCCAAAAAUCACCAUCAUUGGGGAGGAGGAUCUGCCGUCUGAGACGGUAGAAGAGGACCUGAUUGAGACAGGCACGUAUGAUGUAAUCUUACACAAGCCAUGUCCGGAAGAGUAUUCCAUUUUAAAGGAGGAGGAGCUUGUUGUGUGGGUCGAUCCUCUAGAUGGCACCAAAGAAUACACUGAAGCUGCAAGGUUACUGGACAGCCCGGUUGUCGUUCAGAAGCAGAUCCAGGCCCCCACAACUCCGACCCGGCUCCUGGAUCAUGUGACCGUGUUAAUAGGCAUUGCUUACAGAGGAAAGGCCAUCGCUGGAGUCAUCAAUCAGCCGUUCUACAACUACCAGAUGGGCACGGAUGCCACUUUGGGCAGGACUCUGUGGGGAAUGUUGGGUUUGGGUGCUUUCGGGUUCCAGCUUCAGGACGUCCCAGAAGGGAAGCGGAUCGUCACCACCACACGCUCUCACAGCAACAAACUUGUCACAGACGCUGUCCAAGCCAUGGAGCCUCAUGAUGUGAUCAAAGUUGGAGGAGCUGGUAAUAAGAUCAUCCAGCUGGUGGAGGGCAAAGCCUCUGCGUAUGUGUUUGCCAGCCCAGGCUGUAAGAAGUGGGACACAUGCGCACCUGAAGCGAUUCUACAUGCUGUUGGAGGAAAGCUGACAGACAUGCAUGGGAACGCGUACCGUUACGAUGCUGAUGUUAAGCACAUGAACUCGGCCGGGGUGUUAGCGACGCUGAGGAAUCAUCAGUACUACGCCAGCAGAGUGCCUCAGGCUGUCCUACAGGCCCUCCCAUCUGACUGAGACACUCACAUAGUCAGGCUUAGAGGACCUAUGUGCCUUGUUGCUGAAGUCACUUCACACUAAAAUCAUGAUGUCACACACAUCAAGUCAGAUGUAAUGAAUUUAAAGUGUCCUUGGUAUCAGGGACUGUAAUUAUGACUGAUACUUUUGUAGUUUUUAUUAUCUGAAUCAUAUUUACUGUGACACAAUCUCCAUUCCAGAUCUAUUAAAUUCCAUGUGUGUCUGGAUUUUCAUAAUUUCACUUGGAGAGUAAUUUUUUUGUGUAAAAGGUGCUACUGACUAUUAAAUCCAGUGGUUAUUUUGUUAAAAUGGGGCUUGAGCUUUCAUCUUCACACUUGUCCAGUUGUUAGUGUCACCAAGUAAACAAAGUACAAAAUUUUGGUCUCAUAUUUCAUACAGUUUCCAUUAAAGGACCAAAAUGAUGGUAGUAUGAGGCUAUUUUAGCUGGUUACUGUAUCAGUCAAGAUGACAUUAAACAUGGGUAUAGUCAUAAUUAUGUUUAUAUCACAAUUAUUUUUCUUGUAAGUGGAUAUGUGAGCUUAGUCACUAGUCGCAUUAUAACUUCAUUCAGUAGAGAUGCACUGACAUUUUAGAUUUUCAUGUAUUUACUGUAUUUACAGAUACUAAUAUCCAUAUGGAUAUUUAUUCUUGUGUAUCAAAUUUACAUUGGGACAACAACGUAAUAAACAGUGUUGAUUUAAAAAGA